UAAAAAUAUCGUCUUACACUCAUACCUAAAUAAGUUCACAUCUUCUCAAACGUUGAAAGAAAAAUGGACAAGAAGGACGUUAGCGCAAAAGUUGGUUUGGUAGCCCAGAGCAGCAGCGGUCCAAGCGGUGGCACGGCUGGGAAUAUGGUUGCGCCCGGUUCUGGUGGUUCUGUUCACAUCCCUAGAGAUGCUUUUGAGGCAAACUCAAAGGCCUAUUUUGACAAUCUCCAUGCCAAGGAUAAGGCAAAUAAGUGAAAGAUAAAGUGUUCUAAUAGUACUUAAAAACAUAAACACUAGUUUGUUUAUGCCCCUACUAAGAAACAUUAUCUUUAAAUAAAUGAGAAUUAUCUCUCUUC